UUUACAAAUGAAAUCAGAAUCAAAUCAUAUUCUCACAUUACCAAAGAGUAAAAUAAAACCUCUGAAUUCAACAAGAUUCAUUGAGAAAUAUAAGAAGAAGAUUAAAGUUUCCUUCCCAUCGGAAGGAUUGGGAUGGAUAAAAUAACACAGCGAGACCACAGACGAGGAAAUGAGGUCAGUUCGACCUUGAGAGUUCCCCUAUACCAGCUAAAUCCGGUGUAAGACUUCGAAGUGUUCAGACCCAUCGAAGAGUAAAAGGAUUUAAAAAUGGACGAUUAAAUUCUUUAACUAAGCAAGGGAAAGAUCUUUGAUUUAUCAACUCAAGUGCUGAUUUCUGUAGCAAAUUUUCAACUGAUUUGUUUAUUAAAAAGUCUACUUCAUUGAAAAUCAAGAACAGGGAUGUUUGAAGUGGUAGUAUUCAGCCAAUGGACCUAAAUAGCUCAAAUGACUAUGAUUUUAUUCCAAGUCAAAAUCUCAAGAGAGGACCUCGAGACAACCGAAAGAAUAGUUCAGGCACCAGACACGAUAACAAAUUGCCGUUCUUUAAUGUCAAAUCUAAUUAUGAAGAUUCGGUGGGAAAGCACAAGUUGGCGAUUUCAAAUUUGAAGAGUAAAAAUCUCUUUCAAAAAGUCAAGAACAUUUGCCCGAACAAAAUAUCUUACCCUGGACAAGUUAUGAAUUCCCAGUUGGCCAGGAAUAAGGUGAAACUUUUAGGUGUAAAACUAGCCUCAUCAGAUUUUUCAAAGAAUAUGAUUGACAGUAUCCCACAGACUAGUUUCAGGAAGGAUAUAGGCAAAUUUAGCGUCAAACCAAUAAGAAGAGAGGAGCAAAACAAUCGUUCUCUGAAUAUGUUCUUUAGUCAUAGAUUUAGUUGUUAAA